AUGAUUUACGGAGGAAAACCUAUGAAACCCGUACCACCAUCUAAAGCCGGUAUUUCUAUACCUACGCCAUUUAGAGGACCUCAAGCAUAUACGUACGGGUUUUUAGCUAAACAACCAGGAAAUGAUUACAAAAUUCGACUUCGUGACAUAGAACGAACGCGUACAGAAAGGUUAAGAAUACAAAAUGAAAGUGAUUUUAAAAGUAUGUUAAGAGAAGCUCAGCAUAAGGAAAUGAUUGAAGUGUCAGAUAAAAAGUGUUUAUACAAUCAAAUUAAAAGAAUGGUUGAAUGUGGAAUGAAAGCUAACGAACAUYUAUUUAUAGAAGAAUCUCCAAAGCCGGAAUUGAAAUUAGAAGAGGAACCAGAAAAACCGAAAAUUGUCCAAGAACGUUUAGAAGAAAAGGCAAGAGAAAUUAAAGAAAAAAAUGAUGAAGAAGAACGUAAAUUAGUGGAAGAAAAACGUUUACAGAUGUUCAUAGAAAACUCUGAAGAAUUGAGACGUGCUGCAAUGACUAAACGUAAAAAUGAUAUAGCUCAUAUGAACUAUAAAAUUAUUCAAGAAAAAGAAAAAUUCAUUAAAGAACAAAAAAUUAAGACGAGAGAACUGGCUAAUAUUGAAAACGCAGAAAUAUUUAAAAAACAG